AUGAGCACCGCGAAGCCCAUCUUCACGUUCUGGCGCGUCAUGGCCCUCCUCGUCCUCCUCGCCAUCGCCGGCCUCGCCGCCCUCGUCAUCACCUCCGCGAUGGCCCGGCCCACGAUCUCCGUCGAUUACACCGAAGAACUGGAAUCCAUCGCGCGCGAAUACCAGCCCGAGCACGCCUCAGAGCCCAACCGACGCGACGAUUUCAUCGCCACCAUCCUCGACAUGAAUCGCAUCAGCAGCGCACGCUUCCCCGGCGAAUCGAUCGAUGUGCAGGCCCUGCUCGAGCCCGAACCCGAACGCCGGACUUCAACCCCGCUCAGGGACGAGCCCACAUGGGAGCAGGAGCGUCAACGCGCCGAAGAAUUCCUCAAUGCGCUCGACGAAGAAGGCUUCUUCGACCGCGCCCAAUCGCUGAGCGGCAUCCGCCACGCCGUCAACGAGAUCCCCCAAGGCAUGAGCGUCAUCGAAGCCUCGUUCAGCGAACACUUCAACAUGCUCGAACACCUCGGACCCAUGCGACAACUCACGCGCGUCCUGAGCAUCCAGGCCGUGCGCGACGCCCGCGCGGGCCGAACCGACGACGCCCUCGCCAACAUCGAAUCCGCGUUCGCGACCGCGCGCCUCGCCUCGACCGAACCCUUCCUCAUCUCGGGGCUCGUCGGCGUCGCGUGCCACGCCGUCGCGUGCUCCAACGCCAUCCGCAUCGUCACCGAGCACCGCCUCACGAGCGAGCAGCUCGACGAGCUCGCGCGCAUCGCCGACCGACAGCGCACCCUCCCCUUCGAGUACGCCAUCCGCACCGAGAAGACCAUCAUCAUCGACGCCAUCCAGCGCACCUACUCGGACAACGGCAAAGGCGACGGCCACUUCCUCCCCGGAUACUUCGCGACCCUGACCAACGACCCGAACACCACACCGAUCCCCCGCACUAACGCGCUCAACGUCGUCGGCCGAUUCAUGCCCUCGCGCGCCAGGACGGUCGAAACCAUCGACAACAUGUUCGACGCCGCCAUCGAGUACACACGGAACCCCUCGCACAACACCGCCGCGCUCGACAGCGCCGCCGAAGAAGCGGAACUCCUCGCGGACGACCACCUCCUCCUGGGCAUCCUCCUCCCCGCCAUCAACCGCUCCGCGCAGAACGCGCCAUUCGUGACGACGUACAUCGCCGCACUCCGCACCGCCAUCGCCCUCGAACACUACUUCCUUGAUACCAACGCCUACCCCGAAACCCUCGACGCCCUCGUCCCUACGUACCUCGAUCACCUGCCCGAAGACCCGACCGCCAGAGACAACCGGCUCAUCUACACCCCAUCCCAAGACCGCGCCACCUACACCCUCCACGCCGUCGGCCGCAACAAACAAGACAACAACGGGGAAGAAGACGACAUCACCUUCACGCCCGAGUAA